AUGCGUCUUCUUCUUCUUUUCCUGACUGUCCUCCCGACUCUUUUGAGCGCCUUGAGUCCGAUCAACAUCGUCCGCUCACGUCGCUUCAUCAAUACAAGCGACUUUGCUCUCCAAAAGCUCGAUGGAGAUACGGAUAUGACUAAGGAUCACACAACUUUUAAGGAGUUCGUACCGUAUUACAUCGACCUUUUCAAAAAAAUGUUCUCACCGAAAACCCGGGAAAACUAUCAAGCUCACAUCGAAUACGUGGACGUUCAGAUGAUGUUCAACGAGUGUAACGCUAGGCAGUACGAAAAUUUUGCAAUGUUCAACCACUGGCUCCAACAAUUCGUCGCUAAUCACGAGGACCCGAUCAUUGAGAUCAAAUCUCAACGUCAGACGGGAGAAGACAUGGGAGAGGUUAUGCUGAACAUUGACGUCCAGGCUCUGUGGAAGUAUCGCGUGAAUUUCGAUAUGAGAGUCAGCUUUUUGAAUGACCAAUCGCUCGGAUGGAAGGUUCUUUUCGUCGACAGAAGUAUUGGAUGUCAUCAUUAA